UACUCGGGCACCUCGGGAGCCCUCUCGGUGGCGUCUGGUCGGGUGUCUUUCACUCUUGGGCUCACAGGCCCCUGCCUGACUCUUGACACGGCGUGCUCGUCAUCCCUCGUUGCAGCUCAUCUCGCAGCGUCGGCGAUCGAGCUGAUCAAAUGUCCCAAAGCGGCGGCGACGGGUGUCGGUAUGCUGGUGCAGACGGUGUCGAUGGCUUUCUCGGCGGCAGGCAUGCUCUCCGCUCUCGGACGCUGCCACACGUUCGAUCGCCGCGGAGACGGGUACUGCCGCGGCGAAGGUUGCGGGGCUUUUUUACUGGACUCUGGAGUCUCUGCCAAAGUUGCUGUCCUUGGCACGGCGGUGCAGCAAGACGGCCCGAGCGCGAGCCUGACCGCGCCCAACGGGUCAUCGCAGAGG